GAGUAAAGCCUUUUAGCUGUAGUGAAGUUAUGGAAGAAACAAGAAAGAGUGAAGAUUUACAAAUAAAUGUUUGCUUUUUUACUCGUUUUCACGUCGUGUACUAUUAGUUGUAACUUUUAUCAGCGGGUAAAAGUCGCGGGAAUAGAUGAGGAAAUGUAGUAAACGUUCGUUCAUCGAUGUUGUUGCUUCACGAUGGAGGAACCUGCGACAAGACAAUUUAGCACGUCAGAAGAUGAUUUCCAUCCAGGAGAUGACAGCAGUGACAAUGGAAGCAUCAGAAAGAGAUGCGAUCCUCUAGUCCAGUCUCAGCGCAGUAAACUGCAGCACCGGAGAGCUGGCAUCAAUCAGCAAAUAAACAAAGAGAUGCGCAUGAGAGCUGGCGCGGAAAACCUGUUCAGAGCAACAAGGAACAAUAAAGUGAAAGAGACGGUGGCUCUGGAGCUCAGUUACGUCAACUCCAACCUGCAACUGCUCAAAGAAGAACUGGAGGAUCUUAACAGCAACAUGGAGGUCUAUCAGACUGACAGUGAUACCGUCAAUGUUCCCAUGAUCCCACUGGGUUUAAAAGAAACCAAGGAAGUCGACUUCACCAUCCCUAUCCAGGACUUCAUCAGCGAGCACUAUGGAGAAGACAGCUUGCUCUAUCAUGAAGAAAUAAAAGAGCUUACGGAGCUCCGACAGGCCAUGCGCACGCCCAGUCGUAACCAGACUGGCUUGGAUCUGCUGAUGGAAUAUUAUAACCAACUGUACUUCUUGGAUCAACGCUUCUUUGCCUGUCAUGGCACUCUGGGUGUGCACUUUCACUGGUACGACUCUCUGACGGGCGUUCCAUCGUGCCAGCGAGCUUUGGCCUUCGAGAAAGGAAGUGUUGUGUUCAACAUCGCUGCUUUGUACACGCAAAUUGGUGCGCGGCAAGACCGUUCCACCGUGUCAGGAAUAGACCGAGCUAUCCAAGCAUUUCAGACAGCUGCAGGUACUUUUCAUUACCUGAAAGAGAACUUCUCCAACGCGCCGAGUCUUGACAUGAGCGGACCGUCGCUCUGCAUGCUGGUCCGGCUGAUGGUGGCCCAGCUGCAGGAGUGCGUGUUUGAGCGCACUGUGCUCACCACGCAGGACGCGCACUUCCUUCCCCUGCUGUGUUUGGCACAGGAGGCGGCACAGGUGUCGGACCGCUACCUGUCCGUGCAGCAGGCCAUGUCGCAGCCGCUGAUGAAGGACUACGUUCCGUUUUCGUGGGCGUCCGUGGUUCACGUCAAGUCCGAACACUUCCGAGCUCUGGCGCACUACUUUGCUGCCGUGGCGCUGUGUGAACAGAUGUUGUCUGAAGAAGACGUGAACGCUGAAGAGGAGGCAGAAAAAUCAUUUCUCCAUUUCUACGUCGACAUACCUGCAGAACCACCUGUGCCGAUGCUUUUAAGAGACCCGCAAAAAAGACGCAAGCUUGGUAAAGCUCACUUGCGCCUCGCAGUGAUGCGACACGAGGAAGCGCUGCGAGUCCACGGUUUAUGUAAGAUCUUAAGAAAGAUGGACAUCCUACAGGAUAUUCUAUCAGUGGCACACAAACGCUCUUUGGAAAAGUACUCCGAAAUGGACCGAGAAGAUGACUUUGAUGAAACUGCUGAGGCUCCGGAGAUACAACCUGCAAGUCGUCUCAAACCCGACAUCAUCCCAGCCAACUUUUCUACCGUCCAAGUUAAAGACAUCUUCCAAAGAUUGGGGCCCUUGCCAGUGUUCUGUGCUCGGGCUCGCUGGGUUCCCGCUCGUCCCAUCUGUCUCCCGAGGACAGAAGGUGGAUUGGGACUGACACUCAGAGGAGACUCCCCUGUGUUGGUGGCGGGGGUGGUCCCUGGGGGCUGUGCAGCCGAGGCAGGACUGAGGGAAGGAGACUACAUCGUGGCGGUGGAUGGACAGGACUGUAAGUGGGCCAAACACGCCGAAGUGGUGAACAUGCUGAAGAACUGCAGCGACAAAGGGGUGGAGCUUAGCGUGAUUACGUUGCAUUCGCACGAUGCUCAGGUUGCAAAAAGAGCCUUCAUGGUGUCUCACGGCGGCAAUAAAGAGAACUCCCUGCAGAGGGUUCUGGGCGUGGCUAAAGGAAAGAGCUCCGCCUCCCUACUAAACUGGAACAGGAAGAAGAAAAGGGAAGGCAACGCGACAUCUAAGAGACCGGGAAGCACUUUCAGUUUGUCUUUUGGGAGCCUCAGAGACACAGAAGGCAUGUAUUGACAUUUGGAAAGAACUUUCAAAACUAAACAAGUAGCAACAAAUAUAAGUUUUCAUUAUUAGCACUGCUGAGCAAAAUAUUGUACAUCUCGGAUCUUACAAAAAACUGUGUCUCAACUGGAGCACUUGCAUACUUACUUAGUCUUUAAGUGCAUAAGUGUGUUAAAUAAGCAUACUUACACUUAAAGUCUUUAAAUUGCAUAGGUGCAGUACACUAUUAGUACAUGAAUGUUGUACUCAAAAUUAGAGAUGUCCGAUAAUAUCGGAUUGCCGAUAUUAUCGGCCGAUAAAUGCUUUAAAAUGUAAUAUCAGAAAUGAUCGGUAUCGCUUUCAAAAAGUUAAAUUCAUGACUUUUAAAAACGCCGCUGUGUACACGGACGGACGUAGAGAGAAGUACAGAGCGCCAAUAAACCUUAAAGGCACUGCCUUUGCGUGCCGGCCCAGUCACAUAAUAUCUACGGCUUUUCACACACACAAGUGAAUGCAAGGCAUACUUGGUCAACAGCCAUACAGGUCACACUGAGGGUGGCCGUAUAAACAACUUUAACACUGUUACAAAUAUGCGCCACACUGUGAACCCACACCAAACAAGAAUGACAAACACAUUUCAAAUACCCAGAACUCCUUGCAGCACUAACUCUUCCGGGACGCUACAAUAUACCCCCCCUCUUUCCCACCUCAACCUCCUUAUGCUCUCUCAGGGAGAGCAUGACCCAAAUUCCAAGCUGCUGUUUUGAGGCAUGUUAAAAAAAUAAUGCACUUUGUGACUUCAAUAAUAAAUAUGGCAGUGCCAUGUUGGCAUUUUUUUCCAUAACUUGAGUUGAUUUAUUGUGGAAAACCUUGUUACAUUGUUUAAUGCAUCCGGCGGGGCAUCACAACAAAAUUAGCCAUAAUAAUGUGUUAAUUCCACGACUGUAUUUAUCUGUAUCGGUUGAUAUCGGUAUCGGUAAUUAAGAGUUGGACAAUAUCGGAAUCACGGAUAUCGGCAAAAAAAGCCAUUAUCGGACAUCUCUACUCAAAAUGGUGAAUGUCACCAUCUUGGCUGGAAGGAAAAGGCGGGACUAAUUUGAGUAGUUGCCAUUCACAAUUAUAAAGGAGGGAAAAAAGAAGGUAAAUAUUGUGAUGUCAUUUUACACUUACCUGAAAUGAUUUGGGGCAGUAACACUUGUGCACUCAGGAACUAAGCACACUGUACACAGUAUACUUGCUGAAGUUGUACUGAUGCAAGUAUUCCAUUCGAGACACAGUUAUCGAAUUUGAAAUGCAUUGAGCUUAGGGAUGGGUACUGAAUUUGGUACUUUAGUAGGCAUCAAACGGUACCACAUUUGGAUAGCUUUGCUGGACAUGACGUCACGUCUGCUUGCAGGAAAUAAUCAGUCAAGCAGCACUCAGCCAAACUCCCUCUAAAUAAUGUUGCAACUUACAGACACCAACAAAGCAAGUACUUGGAAGAAAACGUUUAAACGUAAAGUAAGGCUCCACUCUAGCUUGAUGCUAGCUUACAUUGGAUUUGCCAGAGACAAGCUACAACUAGCAUUAGCGAUUUUACAUUGUGGUGUCAACACCUCCAAAUUUAGUAAUGACAACUACAACUAAGAUAGAUGUCACAUUUAAAAUGCUGGUGUGUAAUAAGCACAAUACUUACAGUAUAACACAACAACGCAUUCAGCCUAAUGGAAAAAGCGACUUACAUUAUAGUUAGCCUAUGCAGUUCUGCCAUCUAAUGUCUGGGAAGUGCAACUGCAUUGCAAAUGGAGCUCAAAUGUGAAUCAGAAAACAAGAUAUAACACCUGGACUGCACAUUUAUGAUCAGCUCAUUUUACAUGUGAAAUUAAAACAUAUAAUUUAAAUAACAAACAAUAUUGAUUAAUACACCAACGGUACCAAAAACUGGUACUGUUGAGUACCUGUAUCAAUUCCCAGGUACCGGGAAUUGGUACCAUGUCGGUUCAAAUGUGAAUGGUACCCAUCCCUAUGUGGUGCAUAGUAAGGAAGACAUAAUAAUAACAAUAAUUAGGUCAACAUUCUUAUAAACACUAUCAUGUUCUGGGAACUGGAAAGCGCGAUUCAGCUUUGUUAUACUUUUUCUUUAGCAGUGUUUUUAAUGUCAUUUUGUUAAAACAAAUCUUUCCACUGAACUAAUUUUUUUUCUUUACAGCCAACAAAUAAUAACUUUUAGAACAUGUUAUAUUUGAACAUAAACUAAAAUGCAUAGCUUCAGUUGAAGUCAAGUCUAGUAUUAGUGCUCGUACACAAAACCAGUGUUGUUGUUUUUUUACUGUGAAAUCUUCAUGUUUAUUCUGAAUGUUUUUUUAAUAAAAAUCUUUAUAAUUAUGUUGUACCUUUUUAAGUGUAUGAAAACUGGAACCAGCAGGCAUUUAUCUUUGCAACAGAAAUGAUCCAAACUGACAGCUUGUGAGUCAGCAAAUGUUGGAUGAAC